AUGGAACAGCUCGCCUCGAUCCUGACGCUAUACGGCCUCCACCACGUGCAGAUGGACACUGGUCACCACACCCGCAACAUUGUUUUGGUGGCCGUGGACAAGUUAUCGAAACGGGCAAAGUACAUUCCAUCAACCAUGACGGCUGACGCUCCCGAAACUGCCAAGUUGUUCUUUGAUCACGUUGUGGGGCACCACGGACUGCCAAGUGUCAUUAUCAGUGGUCGAGACCCCAACUUUACAAGCAACUAUCGGAAAUCCGUAAUUGAAAUCAUGAACAUACGCCAAGCAUUGACCACAGUCGGUCGAGCAUAA